AUGCCCGGCCCGGCAGUGCCGGGAGCGGCGGCGGGGCCCGUCCCCGACCCGGAGGAGGGCUACGAUUUCCUCUUCAAGCUGGUGCUGAUCGGGGACGCCAGCGUGGGCAAGACCUGCCUGGUGCAGCGCUUCAAAACCGGGGCCUUCGCCGAGCGGCAGGGCAGCACCAUCGGCGUGGACUUCACCAUGAAGAGCCUGGAGAUCCAGGGCAAGCGGGUGAAGCUGCAGAUCUGGGACACGGCCGGGCAGGAGCGGUUCCGAACCAUCACCCAGAGUUACUACCGCAGCGCCAACGGAGCCAUCCUGGCCUACGACAUCAGCAAGAGAGGCUCCUUCCUGUCCAUUCCUCGCUGGAUCGAGGACGUCAGGAAGUACGCCGGAUCCAACAUCGUCCAGCUGCUGAUCGGAAACAAGUCUGACCUAAGUGACCUUCGAGAGGUUCAGCUGGAAGAAGCUCAGAGCCUGGCUGAACGCUAUGAUAAUAUCAUCUGUGCCAUAGAGACCUCUGCGAAAGACUCCAGCAACGUGGAGGAGGCCUUUGUGAAGAUGGCGACGGAGCUGAUGCUGAGGCACGGGGGCCCUGUGUUCAGCGAGAAGAAUACUGACAGCAUCAAGCUUGACAGCAAAGCCGUUGUGGAAGGCUGGGGGUGUGGCUGCUGA